AUGGUGAAUCUCUCUUUUAUUCAACAAGAAAUGAUUCAAUAUGGUAUGAGUAUUUAUUUUUCAUUAGGUCUUGUGGGUAAUAUUUGUAAUUGUAUAAUGUUUAUACAACCAGUCUAUCGUCGUACACCUAGUUCUAUCUAUUUUCUAUCUCUUUCGAUUUUUUCAAUUAUCUAUUUGUUUUGGACAAUUGUUCCACUAUUUUAUACACUCGAUCAUAUUGAUCCUCAUACUCAAUCAUCAUUUUAUUGUAAAAUACAACUUUAUGGUACACAUGUACUUAAUCAAUGUAUUCGCUAUAUUGUCGUAUUUGCUUGUGCAGAUCGUUUCUUUGUUACACAAACAAAUCUUCGAAUUCGUUCAUUAAAUUCAAGACAAGUUGCAAUGAAACUUGUUUUUAUAAUAUGUCCAGUAUCACUCGUAAUUGCUAUACAUGUACCUAUUUUAAUGAAUAUCAGUGGUAAUGUAUGUGGAAGAUUUGGUUUAUAUAAAUUAAUUUAUGCAAUUUAUCAAAUUAUAAUAAUUAGUAUUUUACCAUUGAUAUUAAUGAGUAUUUUUGGUAUUCUUACUAUUCGUAGUCUUUAUCAACGUCAUGUUAAUCAAGUACGAGCUAAACAAAGAGAUCGAGAUUUUAUGCAUCUGACUAUUGCUGAAGUUAUUGUACAUGUAUUUACAUCGAUUCCUUAUUCAAUUUAUCUGAUUUAUAAUGCAGUAACAUAUUCCAUUGUCAUUGAAAAUAGUCCACGAGAUGAAAUUGAAGAAUUUAUUUUUUUUGGUACUCAAUUUAUUACGUAUCUUACAAGUGUUGUUUCUUUUUACGUAUUUAUUUCAACAUCAAAACCAUUUCGAAAUGAAUUUAUCAAUUUACUCGUUAAAUGUCGAAACAAAUAUAGAUUACGACGAAUUGUUCCAUUAAAUGAGCAAAACAAUCAUCGAUUGAAUCCUAACAGACAAUAA